GAAUAUCGUAGUUAAUUUACAUCGAAUGCUAAGCGCUAUCACUGGCAAAAAGUAAAACAUGAAAAUUUUCAUAGUCGCAAGUGCUGUAAUUCUUUUAGGGUGUACCGCUUGCUAUGGAUCCUUCCUAACAAAUUUUGACCCUACAUCGAGUUACCUAACUGAGACAGUUAUAGAAUUUGCAUCAAAUGCAACCCAAGAUGCUUGUAAAAUUUUUGCAAAUACAGUCCGACAAUUUCCUUUGAAAGUUCCCAACAUAGACAGAGUGUCAUUUCAACUGCGAACUCCAUGUGAACAGUUGGAAUUUCCCAUUAAAGAUGUCGGCAAGCUACGACAAUCGCCGCAAUUUGAUGUCAACAAGAAAACCGUAGUUUUUAUAUCCGGCUGGAUAGUUGAACCAGAUAAAGAAUAUAUCGAAGACCUAGCACAGGCUUAUCACUGUCGAGGUGAUCACAACUUUGUGUUUGCUAACACUGGAGGUUACAUCACAAAUCUUUAUAUUAAUUCGGCCUACAUUUCCACUAGGCUUGGGCAAUUUAUUGCCAUAGGUCUGAGAAAUUUGGGAAUCACCCCGAAAAGUCUGCAUUUAAUAGGUCAUAGUUUGGGUGCUCACAUAGCGGGUAGUGCUGGACGUUAUUAUCAAAGAAUAACAGGGAGAAGACUUCCUCGUAUAACUGGCUUGGAUCCUGCCAGAACAUGCUUUCUAACUCCAGUGGUAUUUCCUCGUUUAGGUCGGGGUGACGCUGACUUUGUGGAUAUUAUUCAUUCGAAUCCAGGUGAAUUCGGCUUGGAAGAAGCUUUAGGUGAUGCUGACUUUUAUGCGGGUGGUUUGAAUAUCAUCAAACCUGGUUGCGGAAAAACUCCAUUGCUGUGUUCACAUGAACGUUCCAUACGCUAUUACACAGAAAGUGUAUAUCCCUAUAGAGAAAGGAAUUUCCUUAGUGUGCAAUGUCGAAACAAAGUCGAAUUGGAAUACAAACAAUGCACAGGUUCAAGAGCAUUCAUGGGCUAUAAAACCAGAUCGAAUGUCAGAGGUGUUUUCUUUUCCGAAGUAGCAAAGACGCCUCCUUAUGGCCGAAAUGCAAAGAAUGAUGAUGCUUAUGUUCCCUACUAUUGUACACGUUGUAUGCUGUAUUCAUACAGACUUUAUUGGAAAAUGCUGAGAAUGAAACUGUUUCAUAACUUUCUUCUUAUUGGAGUGAUAAUAAGUACUAGUGCCGCUAGUAUAUUGUCUAACCUACUUGGUAACACCCUGAACACCGUCUCGGGAACAGUUAAGGAAUUAACCUCGGAUGUGGCCGAUGCUGGAUGUCGCUUGUUUGCUGAAACCGUUAAGGACCACCCUAUAAAAGAUCCUACCAUAGAGGAUGUAUCCUUCCAAUUAAUAACACCAUGUGGGCGAAAAGAAUUUCCUGUUGGCUCAGCUAAUCAAUUGAGUGAAUCGCCAGAAUUCGACAGGAAUAAGACGACUGUGGUCUUCAUCACUGGCUGGUUGGUUGAGCCAGACAUGGAUUAUAUCCAGGUUGUUGCCAGAGCAUUCCAUUGCAGAGAAGACUACAAUUUUGUGCUUGUCAAUACUGGAGGUGUUAUUACGAACUUGUAUAUAAACUCAGCUUAUCAUACUGGUAAGCUGGGAGAAUUUGUAGCCAUGGGCCUCCAGAAUUUAGGAAUACCAACACAAGAUAUUUACCUAGUUGGCCAUAGUUUGGGUGCUCAAAUAGCGGGUAGUGCUGGCCGUUAUUUCCAUAAUUUAACCAAUGAAAAAUUACUUCGCAUAACGGGCUUGGAUCCAGCCAGACCGUGUUUCCUUACUCCCAUUGUAUUUCCUCGCAUUGGCAAAGGCGAUGCUGAAUUCAUUGACAUUAUCCACACGAAUCCCACCGAUCUGGGCAUUGAGGAGGCCAUUGGUGAUACAGAUUUUUAUGCUGGUGGUUUGGAUGUAAUCAAACCUGGUUGUAGUCGUCUUACACUCCUAUGCUCACACGAGCGAGCCAUUUUCUAUUUUGCUGAAAGCGUUUAUCCCCAAAAUGAGAACAACUUUUUGACAAAACAAUGCAAUAACAUGGACGAACUGCAAAAGAAGAAAUGCAUGGGUCCCAAUGCUUUCAUGGGCUUUGCAGCCGAUCCAAAUAUAAGAGGAAUUUAUUCAACAGAAGUUCGUGAUAAGUCCCCAUAUGGAACAAAUGCAAGCAGUGGCAGUUCUGCGGGAUUGGAAGAAUGCGGAGUAUGUUCACAAAAAAAUAAAUAAAUAUGUUUAGUGAAUUAUUGGUUUGAACUACUUAAUAAUAUCUAAAAUAAAUGUUAUUUUGAAUGUUUA